ACAUUUCAUUUCAUUCAAGCUUUUCAGAAAUUAUUGGUGAAAGGUUGCACAAACUAGUGUAAUUUCAAUUCAAAUUCAAAAUAGUUAUUCACAAGUUUAUAAAAUGACUACUGAAAUUAGUAUCAGUGAAGUAAAAAAGCACAAAAGUAAGAAAAGUUUGUGGAUGAUAAUUCACAACGAUGUUUACGAUGUCACAAAAUUUUUGGAGGAGCACCCAGGAGGCGAACAUACAUUAUUAGAAAAUGCUGGAAAAGACGGCACCCAGCCUUUUGAAGACGUUGGUCACAGCGAAGAUGCUAGAGAACUGUUGAAGAAAUUUAAAAUUGGGACCUUACCAGCAGCUGAAAAAAGAAAAGAUGUUCCACAAAACUGCAACACACUCAAAUGGGCACUUCUCGCGUUGGCUGGGGCAAUCAUCAUUGGUGUCGUACUAAAGAAAACCAUGGGAUAGAAACUGAAGAGUUGUGUAGGGGUCCAAUCCAAAAUGUUAGGGCUAAGUGUAAGCCACUGUGUAGAACUGUGUAAUCCUGUAACUGGACCUGCGCGGACACGGCUUACUACUUAUAUUUAUACAUGUUUAUAUUAUUAUACUGUUAUUGUAAUUAUUACACGGAGUGGAUUAUUUCAAUUGUAACUGAAAAGUUUUAAAUUCACGGAUGAAAUGAAUUUGGUAGAAUACAGGGUGUACUUUUUCUGUAGAAAACUUUAAUAGAUAGUGUGCAAUCACUACUAUAUUAUUUGUUUUAAUAAAUCGAUUCAGUUUUAAUAUUAUGAAAGGAUCUAAAAUUUCUAAUACUUUCAUCGUUUUUCUUUGAGUCAGGAUUAAAAUCGAUUGCAUUUUUUUCCUUUAACGACUAUCGUGACUGAGAAAGUCGUGUGCGCGCGCAGGUUUGGUUGUGUAUAAUUAUAACUUGAGGCAUGUGUUGCUAUUUAUUCUAAAGCUGAGUGAUUGGAGACUUGGAGUGUUUACUUAUCGUAAUUUUGUUGUUAAUAUGUAUUUAAUACAUUAUUCCAAUGUGGUAUUUACUCUUUAUGUCCUUAACGAAUUAUGAGAUUUGUGACGAUUUAGUUUACUUAAACAUUACAAAACAAACUCAAUAGUGAGUACAAAUUUUAUUUAAUGUAAGAUUUUUUACAAUUUAUACACCUCUUUUAAUGCUAUUUAAAUGGUAUAGAGUAAAUAGAAGAUACUCAAAUUAUACAAUAAUUGAUGUCCGUAUUUAAGACAAUAAAGCAAAGCUUUUAAAA